CUCUUUCGCGUAUGCGCUGUCCAGUAAAAUAUUCAUCAUGGCCGCCAGGAGAUGUCUACCUUUGGUUCGUCAUUUCAGCACUUCAUCAGUGGGUGCUCAAAUGGUGAAGCCACCCAUCCAGGUGUAUGGCUUUGGUGGUCGCUAUGCUACAGCUCUCUAUUCGGCAGCGAGCAAACAGAAAGCCCUCGACCAAGUAGAUAAAGAUUUAGGCAAUGUUGAGUCACUAAUGAAGAAGAGUGCCGCUAUGUCAGACUUCAUGACCAACCCCACAAUCAACAAGAAGGCUAAAAUCAGUGUAAUAUCUGAUGUACUGAAGGGAGAGAAGAUGUCUGAUUCCACAGUAAACUUCUUCAGCAUGUUAGCAGAGAAUGGACGUCUUAACAAGGUGAAGGUUAUCUUUGUUGCUUGGAGAAAGAUCAUGGCUGCACACAGAGGAGAGAUUGUGUGCAAUGUCACUACGGCAAAGGCUUUGGAUUCUAGUCAACAGAAGCAGGUUCAAGAAGCUCUCAAGGCUUUUGUCAAGAAGGGUGAAUCAUUGCAGCUCAACCUCAAUGUUGACCCAGCACUGAUCGGAGGUAUGAUCGUGGAGGUCGGCGAUAAGUACGUUGACAUGUCUACCGCAUCAAAGGUCAGGAACCUCACAAACCUCAUCAAGGAAGCAGCAUAACCUUUGACCUUUGAACCCUUGUAAAUGAAUAUUAGAGAAUUUAUAGUGAUGAAGUGUGUAUUCCAGUUACACAAUGUGGGGGUGACUUUGCUUGGGGCAGAAGUUGUACUCCAUGGAUAAAUGGGAAACUCAGAGCAAAUUGGGACCUGUUGGAUGUGGUCAUAUGUACAUCCUUGGUAUGAUAAAUUUACUUGAAACCUAUUCUUUAAAUCACCCAGUUCCAAGUCACAUGGAUUAUUAUCAAUAAGAAAAAUAUUUGUUUAAACCAAGAGAUCCAUGUAUAUCUUACAGGAAAGAUACUUGUUCAAACCCAGAAGAUCCAUGUAUACUAUACAUGUAUAACUCAUGAGUAUGUAUUCACAUACAAACUUCUUUUUAAUUAUCCCUCGCUGAUCACUAUGGGUGUUAUUUGAGAUGUAUUUAUGCCAUUGAAAACACUUUGCCACUCUGAUGUAAUGUGGAAUUUUCAAAGAACUUUGCUGGAAUUUGACCAUAUAUUUGUGUAUCUUUGAAUAGAGAAUGUAAUAAAUACAAUGAAAAUUUAA